AUGGCCGAGUCCAGAUUCGACCUGCUUGGUGAGGGCCUCCUCCGUGAGGUCGGACCUAUCCCAGGACGCCCAUCGCUUCUGGGCUUCGGCGCUCAGGCGAUUGACCUGAAAGCGGCCUGUGCAGGUUAUUGCGCAUCGUUUCAUGGCGGUCGGAGGACAGGUCUGGUAGACGGGAGUUUACCGACGGCUAAGAACAGGGUCAUAUCAAAAGGAAAUGACCGCGUGAGCAAUCAGCUCUCCAUGGAUGAUGAUGAAUCUCAUCUUGGGUCCAGAUCUUGGGGCCCGGCACCAAAUAUGGUUGCAUUCAAGUCGACGCUGCUAUUGCUCAGCGCAGCAAGCACCAUUUUCGCGUUGCCUGCCAGCACCAAUAACCCUGAAUACGGUAUCAAUGGCGAGUUGCUAGACUCGGAUAUCGACAAGAGGUCAAACUAUUACGCCCCUCCAUACCCAGUCUGCAAUUCUCGUGACCAGAAUUAUCGGGCCUUGAAGAACAACAAGGCAAAGGGAUCGGCUUUCUGUUCUGCCUACCUUCGAACCACCAAGACCAAGACAGUGACUCCGGUUGUUCGCAAGACCACCACGAAAACAACCACCAAAGUCGCCACGGUCCAGAAGACUGGCACUGUCAAAGCCAAGGCUUCCUACACAGUCACAGCCAAAGCGACAAGAACGGCCCAAGCAACUGUCACAAAGACUCGCACUAACCAACUCACCGAUACUACCACCAAGAAGGUCACGGGCACUUUCACGAACAAGGUCACCAGCACUGCUACAGCUCAGAUUACCGAAACUGUGACAGAGCAAGUCACGGACAGCGUGACGAAGCAGGUUACCAGCACUGCUGCUUACACUAUCACGAAUACCGUCACAAAGCAGGUCACCAGCACUAAAACUGAGGAGAUCACAAACACGGAUUCGUCCACGGUUACCUUAACCUCUACAGCGGACACUCCCACAGCGACUGUCAGCCAGGAGUACCAUUGUGCCAUCAACGGCUAUGGAACUGCCACCUACAGUCUUGCAGGGACCAGCGGCAGCGGUAUCACUUUUGACACCUGCAAAGAGUACUGCUCUGGCGUUUCCGGCACCAUCAGCUUCGGCUUUGGUGGUGAGCAGUGCGCUUGCUACAACCAACCAGCCCAGGUCAAUGCUAGACCACAAGCCUCUCAGACCGAAUACUAUUUCUAUGACAUGGGUUGUCCCUCUGCCAAUCAGCCUGCCAAGAGAGACUUGACCAAGCGUGUUCAAGUCCCUGCAUAUCUACCACGCCACAAUCCCCGCGAAGUGAGCAGCGCCUGUUCGUGCCUCGUCACCAAGGCGCCAGCUCCAGCCACUACCACCGUUACCGCCAAGUAUCCCAAAACGGUUGUGUCUACGGUGCUCAAGUGCAAGACUAUCACAACGACGAAGCAGAGAACCGUUACUGUCACCGAUCGCAAGAUCUACACGGCUACAAGCUACGAAACUGAGAUCGAUAAACACUACAAGACGAUCACGGUAAUCAAUCGCAACACAGCCACAGCCACCAGCCCGGUCACUGUAACGACGACUCAAUACAUUACCGUUACCGUCACGAACCGUAACACGGCUCACGCCACCAAUUAUAAUACGGCCUACUUCACCAAUGUCAACACGGUCUCCAGCACGGACACUGAAGUUGUUACUGCCACGAGCACAGAUUACGUCACAAUCACCCAGUAUGAUACCGUAACGAAUACGGCUGUCGCUUAUGCUACGGUGACGCCUGAUACUGUUACUGUGACGCAGGGAACUACCUACAUCUACGGGUCUUGA